AAAUAUUGACCGAAGUAACUAAGUACAUGCACGUGUAGUGUAUAGUAGGAAUAUUUCACUAAAUAGAGACACCAGUUCAAAUCUUGAUAGCAUGAUGGAGACUGAGGAAACUGACAAUGACUCAGAUACAAAACCAGCUCGGGGAACCUGGACCGGAAAACUUGAUUUCUUGCUCUCGUGCCUGAGUUAUGCUGUUGGGCUUGGCAAUCUUUGGCGUUUUCCAUACCUUUGUUACAGAAAUGGAGGGGGAGCAUUCUUGAUCCCGUACAUCGUGAUGCUUGCUGUAGCUGGCAUUCCUCUGUUCUUUCUUGAACUUUCCUUUGGUCAAUUUGCCAGUCUAGGUGUUGUCCAUGUAUGGAAAGUCAGUCCUUUAUUCCAAGGUAUAGGAUAUGGCAUGUUCCUGGUGUCAUUAUUUAUUGGAAUCUACUACAACAUGAUCAUUGCCUGGACAUUGUUCUACUUGUUUGCUUCUAUGAGAUCGACUCUUCCCUGGGCUAGCUGUGACAAUGAAUGGAACACACCAGCUUGCAGUUUGUCCAACUUAGCAGCACAAAAAAACUGCACAAACCAUAGCGGUGUACUGUACAAUGGGACAUGUUACACUGAACAACUACAUGGUCUCUCGACCUUCAAUCACAUCAGCAACUUGUCAGAGGCCCAAGAAGAUACAAAAAAGAUGCCAAGUGAUGAAUAUUUCCAUAACUUUGUGUUGGAUAUAUCUGAAGGAUUUCAUGACAUGGGCGAGAUAAGAUGGCAAUUGGCAUUGUGUUUGCUUCUUGCUUGGGCUCUGGUGGCUGGGUGUCUGGCCAAAGGCAUCAAAUCACAAGGAAAGGUGGUCUACUUUACUGCGUCAUUCCCCUAUAUUGUGUUGAUAGUCCUCUUGAUUCGAGGCCUCACCCUGCCUGGCUCUGUAAAUGGUGUCAUCUACUACCUCACACCACAAUGGCAUAGACUGCUUACUGCUAAGGUAUGGGGAGAUGCAGCUGUGCAGAUCUUCUUCUCCUUGUCCCCAUGUUGGGGAGGCCUCAUCACUUUAGCGAGCUAUAACAAGUUCAACAAUAACUGCCUUAGAGAUUCAAUUGUGGUCGCUAUAGGGAACUGCUUUACAAGUGUCUUUGCUGGCUUUGUUCUUUUCUCCAUCAUUGGAUUCAUGGCACAUGAGUUAGACACUGACAUCAGUGAAGUUGCAACCCAAGGGGCUGGCCUUGCAUUCAUUGUGUACCCUGAAGUUGUAACCCGCUUGCCACUUUCUCCUCUCUGGGCCAUACUGUUCUUCCUUAUGCUCAUAACAUUGGGAUUAGGAACGCAGUUUUCGAUUGUGACUACCAUCCACACAUGCAUACUGGACAGUUUUCCCAAUGUGCUGAGGAAAGGCAGGAGACCAACUCUGGUGAUAGUCUGUAUUUGUGCAGUCAUGUUUUUACUAGGACUCUCAUGUGCAUCUGAGGGAGGCAUGUUUAUGCUUCAACUGAUGGACAACUACUCAGGAACGUACUCAGUGCUGAUCUUGGGGUUCACAGAAACAGUUGUACUUGUCUAUGUCUAUGGUUAUGAGAAUUUCAGUCAUGAUAUUGAAUUAAUGCUGAGCAAGCCACUUCAUCCACUAUGGAAAUGGAUGUGGAAAUACAUUACGCCUCCCGUUUUAGUAGGAAUAAUGACGUUUACAUGGAUCGACUUCAAACCUUCAAACUAUGAUGAUUACAAAUUUCCGGUGUGGGCUGAUAUUCUCGGUUGGUUGAUGUCACUGUCAACUAUACUUCCUAUACCUAUGUUUGCCAUCUAUAAGGUGUACACCCUUGACAUUAAAAUGUCAAUAUGGGAGGUAUGUAAAUACUAUUUUCUCAUUUUCAGACCAUCAACCUUUUCAUUUAGGCCUAAAAAUGGGGCAUUCUAGCCCCAGUUUAAAGAGAGCACUAAUUUAAGAAAAUUGCCCCAGUGUCAGUGUAAUUUAAGCCAUUUGUGUAUAUGGUCCAUUUGACUUAAACUCUGAGAAAAUUAGUCUAGGGUUACCUUUCCAAGAAUUAUAAGAUUGCUUUGAUGAAUUAUUUCCAUGUUUUAUAAUUUCCAAUUAGGGCUCGGCCCGGCUGUAAAACUCACAAUCAAAAAUUGUUUUGGACAAGAUACAUCUGAAUCUUCAUCACCAAACUUUAAAGGGUGACGCAUAUUGUAUAGCAAAUCGAACGCUCGUUUCU